GUAUAAAUAGCUGCCCUGGCCAGAGCUCGGCCAAAACAGGGGUUUGCAGCUGCGGAGGCUCGGUGGGCAGGCAUCCCGGGCCCGGAGCCGGGCGGAGCGCCGGGGUGGGGGGGCCCUGACCCGACACCCCUCACCAUCGCCGCAUCUCCGGAUGCUCUCCCGGCCAGCCAUGCUGCUGGGCGGCCUCCUCCUCGCCGCGGCCGCCGUGACUGUGGCCCAGCGGAGGGGGCAGGAGGCGGCCGGGCGCCGCCGGGCGCACCGCGUCCAGCACGGCCAGUGCAGCUAUACCUUCGUGCUGCCCGAGCCUGAGCCCUGCCCACCCGAACCCGAGGCCUUCGGGGGCUCCAACAGCCUCCAGAGGGACUCGCCCGCUGCCGCUGCACUGAACCUAGGGGACUGGCCGGCCCAGCGAGUGCGACAGCUGGAGAAGGUGCUGGAGAACAACACGCAGUGGCUGCAGAAGCUAGAAAGGUACAUCCAGAUGAACUUGAGGUCAGAGCUGGCACAGGUCCAACAGCACAUGGUCCAGAACCAGACGGCCACCAUGCUGGAGCUAGGCACCAGCCUCUUGAACCAGACCACGGCCCAGACCCGCAAGCUGACUGAUGUGGAGGCUCAGGUCCUGAACCAGACGUCGCGAAUGGAGAUCCAGCUCCUGGAGACUUCGCUGUCCACCAACAAGCUGGAGAAACAGCUGCUACUGCAGGGUCACGAGCUGCACCGGCUGCAGGGCCGCAACAACGCGCUGGAGACGAGGGUGCAGGCCCUGGAGACGCAACAGCAGGCGGAGCUGGCUUCUCUCCGCGGCGAGAAGGAGCGGCUGCGGCGGCUGCUGGGCCGCCAGAGCGGCGCCCUCGCGGGCCUGGAGCGCAGCCUGCGCGCCGCCAGCAGCAACUCCAGCCUCCUGCAGCGCCAACAGCGCCAACUGCUGGAGUCCGUGCAGCGCCUGGUGCGCGUCGUGGCCCAGGGCCCGGCCUCCGUGAGGGCAGCUGAGCAGGUGUUCCAGGACUGUGCAGAGAUCCAACGCUUCGGGGCCAACGCCAGUGGCGUCUACACCAUCCACGUGGCCAAUAUGACGGAGCCCAGGAAGGUGUUCUGUGACAUGGAGGCCAAUGGAGGCGGGUGGACUCUCAUCCAGCGCCGUGAGAAUGGCAGUGUGAAUUUCCAGCGGAACUGGAGAGAUUACAAACAGGGCUUCGGCGACCCGGCAGGGGAGCACUGGCUGGGCAAUGAGGUGAUGCACCAGCUCACCGGCCGGACAGCCUACUCCCUGCGUGUGGAGCUGCAAGACUGGGAAGGCAACGAGGCCUACGCUCAGUAUGAGCAUUUCCAGCUGGGCAGCGAGGGACAGCUGUACAGGCUUUCUCUGAGCGGAUACAGCGGCUCAGCAGGGCGCCAGAGCAGCCUGGUCCUGCAAGGCACCAACUUCAGCACCCGUGAUGCAGACAAUGACAACUGCCUCUGCAAGUGUGCCCAGAUGCUGUCUGGAGGAUGGUGGUUUGAUGCCUGCGGCCUCUCAAAUCUCAAUGGUAUCUACUACCCGGCUCGCCAUCACGUGCGCAAGCUCAACGGCAUCCGCUGGCACUACUUUCAAGGCCCCAGCUACUCGCUGCGGGCCACCCGCAUGAUGGUGCGUCCCGUGGGCGUCUAAUGAGCAGCGACACCCGGACGCUGGACCCACAGGAAGAGCCGGGACUCGGUAUUCCCUGAACGAGCUGGAUCCAAACACGGGACACAGUGCCAGGGUAUGGUCCUGGACACCCGGGCCCCCGCUGGGCCAGGCCUCCUUGCCCAGGAGUCCAGAGGAUCUGCUGCCUCCCUGUUCCCCUCAAGUUGUGACACGGCCCUGUUGAUCCCAGAGCAUCUCUCGGGGCUGUGGAUGCCCUUGGGAAAAGCUGGUCAAACGUGACAGGAUGGAGACCCCGAGCUCCACCGCUGCACCCCCGCCUGCACCCACUCUUUCUGGCUACAAGAGCCACGGCGAUGGCCCCGAACAGCCCUUAAAAACAACCGGAAGCAGCUUUGGGUCAAAGAAGACACACUCCACCCCUGAAGAAGGGUCUAGAACGAAGUUUCCGGUCUGUGCUCUGGGCCGGGGUCCUGCCAGGCUCCGUCUGGUCCUUGAAAAGCCAGAUUUCUGCCUGGAGGCUGCCCUCUCAGCACUCCCUGUCACCCUAGCUCACCUCAGCUCACGUUCAGGGGCUGUUGGGGACCGUCCACUCCGCCUCGAGCGGGACCCCAAUCUUCAGGUCCAGAUCCUUCCAGCCUCCAAGCUGAGACCCUAACCCCUCUCCUCCCACCUGGUCCAACAGUGCUGCCACCCGCAGCUAGGGGGUGGCGGGAGGUGGGGGUGGGGGGCAGAGCAAGCCUUCGCCUGGGUCCGGGAGACCAGGGGCUCCUCGUGAACUUCCUUCGGAGGACAGGGUCAGAGACGGGGUGGGGAAGGACGGCGGGCAGGGUGCUGCUCAGAAGCCUCACGUGGCCUUACACAGCAUUUGCUCGCUAGGCCUUGGUUUAACAUCCGCUGUGGGCAGGGCUCUGGAGUGGGAGGGACCUGCUCCAGCUCUUGGACUUGAGGCCAGUGGCUCAGCCUGUCGAGGCCUCGGUUAUCUUGUCUGUGAAACGGAGAUGAAGCUCCCUCCUGGCUGGGCUGUGGCAAGGGGGCGAUGAAAGGAUGUACGUCAACUUUGUAACAGAGCCUGGCACGAGCAGGUGCCUAAUAAACGUUAGUUCCCAGAGAGGUAAACGGGGUGAGGAAAUCCACCCCUAGGGCGGGCCCCGGCUCCUUCCGGGCCCAGGCAAGGUGAGCAUGUGUUCCUGAAUCCGUGGCAUUUAUUUGUGUACUGCUGAGCUUAGCGGCUAGGUGUGCUGGAGACGGGUUGGAGGCAAAGCUGUGAGCCCCACGGACAGACUCUGGGGUGGUGAAGGCCCACAUCGCCGUCUACACUCGCUUUCUGAAAAAGGCCAGGCUGAUUUAGGUUACCCUCAGAUACCUGUUCUUAAAUAUUCAGGCUUCCUUCCUACCUUCCUCCCUCCUCCAUGCCAGCUGUCUGUUCAGCCCUGCACCUGCCACGUUGACUUCACUCUCAGUCAGGUUUUCUCCUGACAGGUGGCUCCAGCAGCCCUGGGCUGGUGGCCUCCCAGCUGAGCAUCCCUAAGACAGAGAGUUGCCCUGUCCCCGUGAUUCCAGCAAGGGCAUGAUUUUCUCCAGCCAGGACUGGUCCUUUCGUGCCCAUCUUUGUACUUAUCACUGUGAGUCUGAUUGACCAGACCUGGGGCACCCAAUCAGGCCUGGAACCAGGGCUGGGGUCAGUGCCACCCAAGGCAUGCGGACUAGCAGUUUCCAGGCACUGUUUCCGGAAGCAGCGAUGCUGGACAGGCCAGAACCAGCGAUCACUUUUCCACCACCCAUCUCUGACUCCCAUUUCCCUUCUCUCCAUCUCUGCCCCCCUCCUGGCCCCCCCUCCCCCCAACGCCUGGUCCCAGGCUCCAUCUCACCCCCGGGUUGGCCCAGGACACAGCUGUGUCCCGCCCGGGGUUGUCAGACCCUGGUUCGCUGUCCUGGCUGUGUCCCUGGAGCAGAGUCUCUGGCCCUCUCUGAGCCUCUGUUUCCCAUUUGUACAAUAAGGAAAGAGGACCUGCCGAUCUCUAGAAGUCCCCUGACAGCGAUGCUGACCCACAGUGUCCUGUCCUGCAGACGGGAUCAAUGGAAGGACACUGGGCUGCCCAAGGGCCCUAUGGGGGCAUGGCUGGUGUGGCCCUGGCCCUGGCUGGAUCUCCUGGGGGCCACCAUUCAUAGGAACUGGCUUCGGGGAUACCUGAAUCUGCAUUCAUAGGGCCAUUGAACUCAGAUUCUGAUCCUAUGCAGAAUCAUAUCCAGAAUCACCUCUUCCUAUAUCAGAUCGGCAUUCUCCCCAUCUUAGUCAUGAGGAAAUUAGAGCCCAGAGAGGGAAAGGAUUUCAUCCAAGGUGGCACAGCCAAUCACCACCUCCAGUGCACCUUCCAUCUAUGAGCUGCCUCCCUCAUCCAGGCCUCUCUGAGGCAUCCUGACACCAACCACAAAACUGCUGGGGGAGUGUCCCCUCCACUUAUGUCAAGCACCGAAGGAACUUUCUGGAAAGCUCCCCAAGACAAGAGCUUUUAUCACUGGUACCUGAUAGGUCCCGGUGGAGCCAGACAGGCAGAUCGCAUUGUUCCCAAGAUCUCUGCAUGUCCCCGGCGAAAGCAGUUUCCACGCUGAGGGAGAGAGUUGACUGGGCACCCCCAGAGACGACAGCCAUGGCUGAGGUAAAAGGUGGCCCUUUGCAGGGAGGAAGGGAGCAGCUAGCAUCAGGAUGGUUUGUCUUGGUGGCUGGGGGGACUGACCCCAUUUUCCAGAUUCCCCACCCCCACCCCCCGCCCCGGUGUCUGUGUGAGUCUUCACCUCUUGCAUUUAAAGAUGCUUCGGAAAGCUAACGGCAUUGCGUUGGCAACAACGGCGUGGGCAUCUUUUGAUGGAGCGGUGCUUUGGAGAAUGGAGUCUGGUCCAGGCCACGUCCGGGAUAAAUGUGUCACUUCCCUGUGUUAGAUUCACAAGGAGUUGCUCAGCUGAGGUUCUCGUGGGUCCUGAGGUCAGGGAUGUCCAAUGGCCUUUAGCAUCGGACACAUUCCUGCCUUACCCCGUGAGAUCUCCUGGAGCCUCCCUUUCUCCCAUCUGCACAGUGGGGAGAGUGGAGUCGGGUACACAGGGAAAUCGUGCAGAUUCCAUGUGAUGGUGGACAUCCAGGCCUGGAACAUUCGCUCACGUAUUUAUCCACUCAUGUAUAGAUUCAUUUAUGCACACAGCGCGUAUGGGUCAAGGCCAGGCUGCGUGAUGGGGGUGGACCAAACAAGAUGGUCAUGUGCUCACAGAACUGAACAGCCUAGAGAGAGAGAGACGGGCCCAAACCCCAAUUUUUUUUUUAGUUUGUAAAACUAAAUUGACAAUCGAUGGCAAGUAAAGAAAAUAAACAGGAGGCAGAAACAGAUCGCAGAGGGUCCAGCUUCCGGCGCUCAGGGAAAGCCCUCUCUGAAGAGGUAGUGCCUAAAGUGGGGACUAACUAACACAGUGAGAAAGAGGCAGCCAGGGAACGGUAAGUUCACUAGGGGGAACAGUCAUUGCAAAGGCCCUGAGGUGACCAUGAGGAACUGCAAGGGAGCCAGGGUGGCUGAGCAAGGGGGAGCGGGGUGGGGCUGAGUCCCAACCCGGCACUUACAUCAGAGAUCACUCCUCCCCCCAGUGCCCACCAAGGACUGAACCCAGCCACCACUCUGCCUGAGUCUCUGUGGAGCUGGGGCAAAUUCCUGCCUCUCUCUAGACCUCAGUUUCCCAGUCUGUGAAAUACAGGAGAGGGAUCACCUCUGUCUGAAGGUCACCCAGACCCACUUAUUGUAUAAAUCUGAGUCAAGGGUCUGGUUGUGUCCACUGCCCUGCACGGGGUGCCAGUGGGGGGGUCAGAAGAAGGAAGAGAAAAUAAGGGACUGGCCCUCAGGCUACACGGGAACUUGGGAGUGUCUCCCACACAGGGUCAACCAGGGGGAACUUGGGUGGGAGCACAGGGCGCUGACUGCCUGCCCCCUCCAUGCUGGUUUUGCAUGCACCAUCUCUGAAUCUUGGUGGGUUCUAGUAUUACCCCAUUUUACAGAUGUGGAAACAGAGACCCACGGAAGUAAAAUGCCUUGCCUAUGGUCACACGGUGACUUAGGGUACAAGCCAGGCUGAUGCAGCAGAAAGACCCCAAAAUUCAGUGAGUUACAUAGUUUUCCUCCCUGUGAGUCUGGAGCCGAUCGGUCCAUGGCCGGGGGGUCAGCUCUGCCAACCUCAACCACAGCUUCCCUCUCUGGCCAGGGGAGCUUCACCCAAAGGUGCAGGAAGGGAAACCAUCUGUGCAGCACCGCUUCCCCUCCAGAACCUCCCCCUCUCACCCCAGACUUCUCUUUUGCUCAGAAUAUCCCAGCGGUCUCCCUAUAGGGCUCCAUCUCCCGGUUUGCUUCCUCCUGGCCUGCAGUCAUGCCAUUUCCCCUGCCUGAAAGCUUCGGUAGCUCCCCAGUGCCCUGUGCUCACGGCUGGUCACCACCUAGCUCAGUCCUUCUCCAGCUCCGCCUCUGCUCUGUUCUUAGGAGUUCGGAGGCUUUGGGCCUGAUGAAUUCCUUCUGAGCAAAGGGUCUCAGGUGGCCAUCAGUCUUCCUGGAGGAAUUGCCCAUGUCCAGUGGACUUUUAUGUCCCUGUGGCCUGGAACUCAGGGCCCAGCUUGUGGUGGCUACUCUCUGUAAGUCACAUAGCGUGUUGGUUCAGCCCUCUGGUUCUGCAGAGAGCCGGGCCCUUCUGCUCCUUACAAGGAUAAUGUAAGAGCCUCCAAAGUCCCUGUGAGGGCCCAGUACAUUGCAAGGCACCUAGGACAGAGCCUGUCCAUGGUAAGUUGUCUGUGACGUUGUCUCCGAUUAUUUCCCUAUACCAGGCCCCUUAGAUUAUCCAAAGAAGCCCCUUAAUGACCUUAUGGGUCAUUAAGUACCAAUAGGUACCAUUAUCAUCUCUCCCUUUUCCAAACCGGGGAACGGAGACCCGGGAAGUAAAGUCACUUGGCCAAAGUCACACGGUAAGAUUUUACAGAGGUGGCUUUGGACCCAGAUCACCUGCCCCACAACAUGCUUCACCUGGAUCUUAUGGUCCCUGUGACCAAGGUUAAAGGAAAAUUCAUAAAUACAUAAGCAGUUGCCAAGCUGAAGCCAGCCGGUGCUUGAAUCCGACACAGGACAAUAAAGGCCCGCCGUCCCUGCUCGACCCCCUCCAGGGCCGGGAUAGGACCUUCCUUCCUGCUUCUGACUUCCCAACUCCAUGUCCUGGCUUCCGAACACUUGGCCACCGGCUCACCGCCCCCAAACCUUUUCUGAGUAGGACUUCACUUUCUUCCUUGUCAACCUCCCUGGCCUCCCCACUGUGGCCUGGGCAGGGGAGGGACAGGGACAGGCCACUUUAAUCUGAGCAGCCUGGAAGCCUCCUGGCGGGCUGAGGCCUCUUCCCUCCACCUUCACCUGCCCCUUGGUGUCUGGGAGAGGUGUCAGGACCACAUCCGCUCGGGUCUGCCUGUGUCCACAAAUCAGAAGACUUGUCCUCUCUGGACCUCACUCUCCUCAACCAUAAAAUGGGAAUGAGCCUCCCGGCCCUGCUUGCUUCACAAAGUUGCCGUAAGACUCAAGUGAGAUGGUCCCUUCCCUCAACAAGUAUUUAGUAACUACUAUGUGCCAGGCACUGGGAACACGGCCAUGAACAAGACAGAACGACACUUGCUCUAAGGUGCUUAUAGUCGGGGUGGGUGGAAAGAGACAGAAAUUCAAUAAAAAUUAACCAAACAACCUAAAGUACAAUGAAUGUGGGUUGCAACGACACCAACUAGUUGGGGAAGGCAUCCUUAUAGGACGAGGAGGAGUUAGGUGAAGAAGAAAAAGAAGGUUCCAGGCAGAGGGAACAGCACAUGCAAAGGCCCUGGGGCUGGCCCAGGGGAAAGGUCCAGAGCAUUCAGGAAGGGGAAGAAGCCAGAGGUCUGGUAGGGACUGAGGUAGGCGGGCCCUUGAGGGCCAGACAGAGACAACGGGUGACGACACAGAAGAUAAUGGUCUAAACAGCAGGAAGCCAGUGCCGUGGAGUAACCCAGAGCUCAUAGGCUUCCCCAUCCUCCAAUGUGAGUGUUAACCUUAAGCGAGCUGUUUCCCCUCUCAGAACCUGGGUCUUCCCUCCCAAGGAGAUUGGGAUCGCGAUACCUAUCUUGCAAGGCGUUUGAAGUUCAGAGAAAAUCUAUGUCCCGUACGUGAAAGAUCUGUCCCUACACAAAAGACUACUCCACAAAGGACGUCCACUAUAAUUCGCAAUGCAGCCUAUGGCAUUUACACGUUUUCCCAUUAUUUCUUGAACAUUUGUCAUCGCUGCAGCUUGACAGCAGACAAGUGGGGGUGGACCCCAAAGGUUGGGGUUAACUGACAGAAGCCAAGCCAUGCAUUUGGUCUUUUCUUACUGUUUGAGAAAGGCCCCCAGGGCUACACAGGAACCUAGUCUGAGAACAACAGCCCAACAGAAAGGCCCAGGAGCAUCUAACGAACCUGACAUCCGUGCAACAGGUUCUGUUGACUAGCACAGAGGUCAAGCAGGAGAGAACAUGUUAGCCCCCAACUGGAAAGGACAGGAGAAGAAUGGGUGAAGAGGGGUGAAUUCAUACGUGGAAGGGAGGAUUCCCUGCGAAGGGGCACCAGGGCAGCUUUCAGGGGACUAGGACUGUUUUCUUGACCCACGUGAGGGUUAGUUUGUGACAAUGCGUCAGGCUGUACCUUGCUGGGUGCAUUUUUCUCUCUGUGUGCUUCUCUACGUACACAGGUGUGUCAGGGAGGGGAGAUUUCACAUGUACAAAUGCGCUGCAAAUCCAGAGCUAUGUGGGGGGGAAAUAAGAGUUUAGAGAGGAAUUUGGCGGAAGCUAACAGAAUUACAUACGCAGUCGCCCUUGGACACAGGAAUCUUUCCUUUCUGCGAAUCUGUCCUGAAUAUACGUAAUACAUGUACAAAGUUAUUCACUGAAGCUUCAUUUGUACGAACAAAAAGAUGGGAAAAACCCAAAUGAAUAAAGCUGUGGCACAGUUAUUUCUGCAUAUCGAACUACCCCCAAUCUCAGUGACAGAAAAACGACAGCCAUGGACUUCAUUUUGCUCAUGGAUUUAGGAGGUCAGGAAUUCCGACAGGGCAUUGCAGGAGGGCGUGUCUCAGUGCCAGGAUGGCUGAGCUUCAGCUGGAAGCCCCAGAUGGAAGGGUUAAGAGGCAGGAUGGUGGGGGUGGGGGGGGCGAUUCUGGGAGAGGUGGGAAUGGAAUCAUCUGGAGGCUCUAUUUCUGUCACGUGGGCUGGGAUGACUCCAAGGUCGGGCUUGGGUAGGACGGCUGGCUGGACCAUCCACCCGGGCCCUUUCCAUAUGGCUUGGGCUUCCUCACAAUAUGGCGGCUGGAUUCUGCGAGGAAGCAUCCUGACGGCAAGCAUUCCAAACAGGACCAGGAACACAAUUUGCAGGGUGCAGUGCAAAAUGAAAACGUGGAGGCCCUCGCUCAAAAAUUAGGAAAAUGUACUUCUUCCUUUCUCCUACGGUCUCUCUCUCAACAUGCCGUGGUGUGUUUAUUCACUACUCAAUGUUGUUCUAAAACAUUUUUUUAAUUUAAAUUACCAGCAUGAAAUUUACCCUUCACCUUUAUGUUGUACGAUGACAGUUUUGAAUGCAAAUGUGACAGCAUCGAACUCCUGUGUGGAAUCACUGAAAUGACAGCAUUGGUAUUUCAGAGCUCA